ACGUCAUCACAUUUCGACAGCUUUGGCGGUCUGUUACGUCUGUCGGUAAGGCUCAGUCAGCGGAAUAUUGAAAGCUUUUUGUAAAGUCUCUCCAUUCUUUUGUACAUUAUACCGCUAUUUAUUCAACGGUAGGUACUAACAUUCAAAUAAAAACGAAGUCACGUUAGUCGGACAUCUUGUCACGCCGUAAUAUCAGUCGGGGUUCAUUUGUCAAGGCAAAGGAAAGCCAAGUUUGUGCUCAACUUCGAAUCACUGCGCAUGCGUGAACUGUCAUGUCUUUCCCAAUGUAGUUUAAAUGUUAACGAUAAAGUCAUUUUACUGUCACGCGAACGUGUCACUGUUAAUUCCUGGUCGUUUACCAACAAAUGUAUGUGACAUGGAGGCGGAAGAGACUGACUUAAACCCCGAUAAAGACGACCUCCCACUUUGUGCCAAUACCAACCACAUGCUAGUCAAGCACUAUGCUCUGGACCUGACUGUUCAUUUUGACAGGAAAGUCAUCAGUGGCAGUGUGGUUCUGUUCCUGGAACCAACUGCUGCUGGAGAACCUGAGGAACAUUACGAGACCCACACUGCUCUGUUGAAAAAGAAUGACCAGUGUUCAAAUGAUCCACCAGGGGUUGGGACAGCAACCUAUCAUAUCAAGAGCUCACCCGAUCGUCAUUUCACCUUAGUGCUGGACUGCUGUGAUGUCACUGUGUCAAAGGUGGAGCAAGUGGACAUCACCUUCUUGUCGGACUCCUUUCCCGGGGUCCGGCCCCGUGACCUCAUCCGCGAGCUGACCUCCAUGCCUUCUGCUCUGUGGAGGCGGCAGAAGGAGCUCUUCUCAGCGUGCGGCCGUGCCCCUGGUGUUGAUGGCGGCCUGCUGCAUUUUCACACCGACCGCUGGAGUCUGCAGGUGUGGAAGCAGGAGGUCUCCUCCCCACGUGAGUUCCCCCGGGCCUUCAGGAUCUGGUACGAAACAAAGCCUACUGGGGGUUCCGUGAGGUGGACCAAAGACCAGGACAACAGGGCGUGCGUGUACACCGCCGGCUCCCCCAUCAACAACCGAGCCCUCUUCCCCUGCCAGGAGCCGCCUGUUGCCAUGUCAACGUGGCAGGCCACGGUGCGGGCCCCCCGCGACUGUGUGGUCUUGAUGAGCGGGGAGGAGCAGGUCGCGCCUGCUGAAGAUGGGGACACAAGUUUGUUGAUGUGGAAUUACUACGUCACAAUGCCCAUGCCUGCCUCCACCUUCACCUUGGCAGUAGGCCACUGGCAACAAGUCCUUGCUCAGCUUCCUCCUGCGUGUGGAAAAGGGGGGAGGGAAAGGUCGCAUGAGUUUGGGGAGUCCGUCCCCGUGUCCUCACACGGAGGUUCAAGCAGUGAAGUAGCAAAAGCCUCCAGCCUCUACACUGACAGGGAAGAGCGGACCGCCUGCUCGGGCUCGUCUUCUCAGCACGAGAGCGUCUCUGUGCCCGACCAUUCAGCCAUGUUGGAUGAUGGCUUCCCUUGUUCCCAUGGCGACUACCCUUGCCGGUUCGUCGAGCGCACCCUGAAGUCCCAGCGUGUGAUCCCGCACCGUGUGUUUGCCCCCGUCAGCCUUCUGCAGAAGGCACAGACCGGAAUCCUCGCCUUAUUGCCGCGAUGUUUAGCCGCAGCCCACGCGGUUCUUGGAGUUCAUCCCUUCCCCCGACUUGACGUUCUCAUCGUGCCAGCAGGGUUUUCCAGUCUGGGAAUGGCCAGGCACCGUGACGGGAUGAAAAGGCAGCUACGCAUGACUGCACAUGGACAGAGGAUGGAGGAGUGUCCCGUAAACACUUUAAGCCCCCACAUAAUUUUCCUGUCUCAGAGCGUGCUGCAAGUUGGCAGCUCAUUUUCAACAGAAAACAGCCUGUCCUUGUGUGGGUCCAGGCUGUGCCACGAGAUUUCCCACUCAUGGUUCGGACUGGUCAUCGGGGCCAGAGACUGGACAGAGGAAUGGAUCAGCGAGGGUUUCGCCACAUUCCUGGAGGAUAUUAUCUGGGCCCGAGCACAGCAACUUUCUCUGCCGGAAGCAGCAGAACAGUCCAACUUGAAGGCACUGCUUCGGUGGAGAAGAUUGUCUGACGAGUUGCAGAAUUCAGGAGAGGAGCUUCAAAUCCUCAGACCAAACUUGGAGAAAACAGGCCAGGCCAGUGAGUCCGGCUCCUCCACGGUAAAACAUGCCCUUAACCCAGACAAACCCUUCUUGCAAGUCCACUACCUCAAGGGCUACUUCCUCCUAAGGUUCUUGGCCAGUCAAGUAGGAGAGCAACAAUUCAUUAACUUCUUCAGAUUAUUUGUGAAGAAAUACCACGGGCAACUCAUUCUGUCUCAGGAUUUCCUGCAAAUGCUGCUAUCUACCUUUCCUGACCUUGCAAGAAAAGGCCUAACGCUCGACGCUAUUUAUGCCGACUGGCUGGAUCGACCGGAAUUCCCAAGGUGAGGUUGUCUGUUUUCUGUUCUUCAUUCUGAAUUGUCAUUUUAGUAUUAAUUCGUCCAAAUUUUAAAUUGAUCAUUCCAACUAGAAUGCGUCUGCACCACACAUGUAAUGUUUUACUGUCAUCUCUCAUAAAUCACUCCACUUAUUGUUCUUGCUCCUUCCAAUUAUAUGAGAAGCAGCAAGUCACAUGCUUCUUAUUAAGCAUUUAUUGCGAUGCAUGGCAAUUGCAAGCCAAAGCCAACAAUCUCAGCCUGUGUGCACUGAACAGGUAGCAGCUUAUGAAAAGUUUCACUCACUGGUUAUGUUACGUACACCUAAAAAUGUAAAGUUUUAAUUUUGGCCAGAGUGAUGAGACAAAACAAGUCAAAUGCAGAAGAUGCAAGUAAAAAUUAUAAAGAGCCGAGACAAAAUUGAGGGAAAAAAGUGAGAAGUCCAAAAAUUGAUAAAAGCAGCCAAAAAGACCCAAAAUGACACUAGAUCGAUCAAACGUAGACGAACAUGCAAAAAUAAAGAAGAGAAAUGCCCUAAAUUGAAGUAGAAAAUGAAAAAAAUAAUAAUAAAUUCAAUUAUCCGUCCACUGAAGUUCCCUCACUUCAGUCUUUAUAUAGAUAAUGUUAAAAAUAUAUAUUUUGUAAAAUACCGGUAACAGCACGUGGGAUGUUCUUGCUACUUCUAGUUAUAUGAGACGUAGCAAUACACAUGCUUCUUAUUAAGCAUUUAUUGUGAUGCAUGGCAUAUGCAGGCCAAAGCCAACAAUAUCAGCCUUUGUGCACUGAACAGGAAACAUUUUUAUUAUCAUUAUAAUUGUUAGUAGUAAUAGUAGUAUUGUUAUAACAAAAGGCGAACUUUUCCAAGUUUGCAGGUUUUCGUGAUGUUGAAGCAAAAGGUGGAGCACCCAAAUGCAGGGAAGGAGGGAGGCCAGGCAGAAGUGCAAGAGUCUCAAAAUAGUAUUUAAUUACAAAACAAAAAAAGCCAAAAGAGGUAUGUAGUAGAAUCAAACCACUAAAUCAGUGAAGUCCAGAGAAAAAAAAACAAGGUUCAAAGUAACAAAGAAACACAGAAAAUAACUCCGCACAAAAGGAAACAUAACAUGAAUAGAUGAAUACGACUUACACAGUAACAUCAUCGAACAGACACAGACUGAAAGAAGCCAGGAAACUAAAUAGAAGCUAACUGACGGGACAACGAGGCACACCUGGACAAGACACGAGUGGCUGGAGGGAGCUGGUUUGUUGACACAAGGAACACGGCAAAUGAGAACAGGCGGGAAUAAAAAGAAGUGCGAGAAAAGAAGUGAAUAUGGGUCACUGUUUAAUUCCGGGCAUAGGUCCUUGGGACUUUUUCUUGCGUCCUUUUAUGAUAGGCAUGUCCAACCACAUUACUUGUUGAUCGGUGAAACUGGUGUCCAAGACAAAUUGUUUCCAACUUUCCAGGGAGCACCACUGGUUAAGUUGUAGUCGUGUAAGGGACCCCUAAAAUGUUUCUCCAGGGUACACACACUUGCAAAAAGAAUUUGGGGCAUGUUGAGGCCCCCAAAAAGGUGCUAAAACAAUAUACACUGUGAUUCCAAGAGGCCCCUAAAAUUUACGCAAAUGAUUGAAAUCUAGACAAAAUAUAGACCUCAAUGACGGAGGUUGCAGGUUUUUUGGGGAUCAAGUCAAAAUGAUCCAUUUUUGAAAAAGCAAUAGAUUUCAACUUGGGCCAAAAGAUCUUCCUUUUGAUCAAGUUGUGACAAUGACAGUGUGUCAUUCUGGAACAUAAUAUUUAUUUAUUUAUGUAUUUAUUUAUUUAUUUUAAUUCUUAAAAGUGUAAAACCUAUAGUACUAUAGGUUUAGUAUUAAUCUAAUACUUAUAUAUAGUAGUAUCAUACACAAUUGGAGUACAUUAUGGUCCUCUACCAUCAUGUGUUUCUAGUCUAAGGAGAUCCAGUACAAAAGGUACUAAUAAUGCUCAAUUUUGAAAGGUAUUAAUUUGACAAUAUCUUUAAUAAUCUGGUGGUUUAUUGGUGAUCUUUGUCUUAAAGGCAGAAUUUUUGUCACUGCUCUUGUAUUGAAUCUCCUUCGAUUGUACCGAAUAAAGUGUCCAGUGGCUUAUCUUGUUAUUAUUCAGGGUAAUCGUAAACCUCUUUUAUUUUUAUGUCAAUCAAUGGAGUAAUUUUUGUUUAGUUUCCCUUUUAUUUACUAUUUAAUGGCCACUUUGUUCUUACUGGGGGCUGUGACAUCAUCGAGCAUGCGGGGAAUAUUGCACAUAUCAAUCAUCCUUGUCGGUGAAUCAACAUGAGAGUGAGGGUUUUCCAUUCAUCAACAACAUAUGAAGUGAAAUAUGUAACGCACAGUUCCAUUCAACGGGUGUCUAAAUCAAACUGUCUGUGGUCUAAGUCACCAAAUAUUUGGGCAUUUGACUUGGAUUAUUCUCCUAAUGAAACGCGUUUCUUACAUUAGUGAGGACACUUAAAAAUGAUGUGUGAUUAUUCAUCAAUUGGCGUCAUUUUUGGCUAUGUUGCUCCCAUAAUCAAUCCUUCUUCUCUGCUAUUCAAUGCUCUCUUUUUUUUCCCCAUUCAUGAUGACUGAUCUUAAUCAGCAGCCUAUGGAUGUUUGUGUUGCCGUCUGGGUGGGAGCCUUCAUUUUCGAAAUGAUGUAACAGGAGCCUUCGGGUUUGGAGGGGUAGGUGGGGGCUCAUAGAGUGGGAAGCAGACUUCUGUUUUGCUAUACCUGAUUGGCCUGCAGCCGAGGCCUUUUCUGGUGUUUGAUGUGCCAGUCACCGCCUAAUCAGAUCAGCCUCAUCGACCCAAACCUUUUACAAAUGCACGCGCUUGUGUAUACUGUGUACACGGGACACAAACAUGCUUUAAAAAAAAAAAAAGGAAAGAAAGAAAGGAGAAAAUGGUCUGUGGCUCGCUUCUGUUUGUCCUGCGUCCACACAUUUCUCCAUGGAGGCUUGAGUUGCAGAAAGGCAGGAAAUAUUAAACAAUGACAUUUAGCUGUCCCGCAGCUAGAGAACGGGAAUGGAAAGACAAGUUCCAGCUUAUUUUGGACACAUCAACAGAUGACUAAGCAGUCCCUUUGGGAGGAUACAUGUAGGCUGAGGUACUUUUGUUUAAAUAAAGAUAUGGCCCACGAUUCACAAGGGCUGCUCGUUCAGCCAACGUUAGCCCUUUCAUGCUGCUUAGGAUGUAACUGACUGAUGUAACAAAAAUAUAUUUUUUCUGUCGGAAGAAAUUUUAAUCUAGAUGACAUAAUGCAAGCCUUUUCUGUGAGAAAGUUGAAGGUGCUAGCUACUAGUUAAAUUGUCUACAGUUGUAGUAGUGAUUCUGUUUUAUUACUGUAGUUACACAAAUUGUUGCUCAGGGGAGUUUUUUCACUCAACUGCAGAUGGGGGGAGGUAUUUAUUGGGUGGGAUUCCUUUAGUUGAAUGGAUAUUAAACAAUAUUACUAGUGUAUUACAAUUCAUGUCAAGUCAAAUUGGAGUUUUGAAUAAGACCCACCCUCAAUAGGUGAGAAUCUGCAAUAUAGAGAGACCACAUAAAAACUUGUUUUAUAGCUUUACCCCUCCCACAUGCCUGAAAUGUAUGAAAAAAACAUUGUAAACAUAAAAAAAUGAUAGCAAUUUGAAGUGUAUCGAAAAUACUUAAUACGUACUGUAUUGUAGUCUCUGUGUACAUGUGCCUUUAAGAGGCGGGGCCUGGUGGUGUGCGUCAUGUGAUGUCGGUGAGUCUGUGGGUUGUGGCUGUCCUUUCCCACAUGCGAGGGCAUUACUGUAAGUAAAUCCAUCCAUCCAGCUUCUGUACCGCUUUAUCCUCACAAGGAAACCGGAGUGCUUGAAGAAAAUCCACGCAGGCAUGGGGAGAACAUACAAACUCCACACAGGCGGGGCUGGGAUUCGAACCACGGUCCUCAGAACUGUGAGGCAGAUGUGCUAACCCCUGUAAGUAAAUAUACUGUACAAAAUGUUAACUUAAAAAAAUAAGGCAAUCCCAGUGACGGAAACAUGAACGAACCAAACGUGCAGCAGUCAAGUCAGAAUCUCUUGAAAUCAGUGUUCAAAUUGUGGUCAUCAUAUAAUUGAGUUUAUUCUUUUAUUUGUCACGGUGGCUAAUUUCCAUCUGCAGAACCUAUGGCAAGUAAGAAAUAAAAUGGCAAAAGAGUAGAAAGGUUAAGAGAUGUGGACCUGCAAACCUUAUACGCAUAUGUACAGAGCAUUUUUGCAUCCGGUAUUGUGCACCGAACAGUUCAAUACAAUAGUUUCAAGAGCUUUUCAGUUACAUGAGGAUAAAAUAUUAGAAAGACUUCUUAAUUUGAUACUCUGUAAUGCUACAUCCCUGAAAACUACAAUCACAGUGCUAAACAUUUGGGGAAAUGAAUAGGGAUUAGCAUUGAUUACAUUUCCCAGUUUGACUAUGAAAAUUAACUCUUUAAUAUUGUUUUAAUAUUAGAAUAUAAUAAUAAUAAUAUGAAGUUGCGAAAUACUGAUCUAUACAGUAUGUGACAUGCAUUUGGCUGGAAACCAAAGUGAAAUUGAGACUCCAGCUCACCUGAGAACCUAAUGAGAGAAAUUAUAGAAAGGGAUGGAUGGAAUUCCAGUUACAAUAACACCAAUAUUUUUCAUGGUAAAUUGUGAUACAGUUGGGAAUCUUGUUUGUAAUGCAUCAUGGCGCUAACUGGCUCCAAACAGUUGUCAUUCUAUAAUAAAAAAAAAAAAAAAAAGAUUAAAGUGAGGAGAGCAAGAUGAGAUGGUGGCUGAGAGGUGUAAAUCCAGAUAAUAUUGAUUGACCGGAGGAGACACUACACAGACGGGCGGCGGGGGGACUCGCAGAGAGGUAGACAAAAGCCUUGCUAUUUGUGGAAUGGUAGCGGGGAUCAAGGCUGCAAAAAGAGCUAUGUGCGGUAUCCCGUUACACAAUGCCAAUUUACUGCCUCAGCACUCACUGGCUUCUCCACAGCCCCCUCUGACAACUUCUUUUCUGAGCCGCUCUCCAUCUUUUGCUUGCACGCUAUUUCUGCUGGAGGAGCUUUGUGUCAUACACACAGAGGCUUGCGCUCGUAGUAUUGAAGCUUGUGUGUGGCCAAUGGAGAAUACUACAAGCUGAAUCACGACUGGGCGUUUGUGGGAAUGUGUGCGUGCGUGCGUGCGUAUGUGCGUGUGUGUUUGUAAGGAGUGUCCUGCAUAGUAAGAUAUUUGAUUACCUCUGCCAAUGAAGUUUUGUUUUCAUUGGUAUGGCUUUGUCAUAGUAAAAGCAAUGUUUCAAGGUAAAAUUUCACAUCAACUGGUAGAACUGUCAAUACGCAUGUACUAACUCUUUGGCAAAUGUGCAGAAGGUGAUUGCUUCAGAGCGGAGUCCCUUCACAUGAAGACUUAACCCUCAUUUUCCAAAUUACAUUCCAUUCUUAUUUUUUAUAUUAUUGUCUUCUUUCUGUUGUCAUAUUGUACCAGGACAGAGAGGUGUGUAAUAGUGCUGGGACGAUACUCGGUAAAACUGAUGGAUUUUUUUCGGUUUUGUACUUGGAGAAAGUUAAAAAUAUAAAACAAAUAAAAAAGGCUUUUAUGCGUGUGCUGGCUUCCCCCAAAUUAUUGGAGAGAUCAAUUUGUUUUCUGUAAUUCAGUAAUACGUAUGUUUGUUUGCCUGUUCCGCUAACAAAGUCCAAAACUCUUUAAUAUGGGUUGCGAGCUGUUGGAGUGUUUUGAGUGCAAAACCACAUAGAUGACAAGAUGGGUUAGGGUCCUUGCUAUCCCUAAUCAAGUGGCCAUCCCUUACAGAUACAAACUUCUCGCUACUUGAAGACACCACGAAAGGAUGAAAAAAAAAAACAGGAAAAUGUUGUACUGAUGUAGUUUGCUUAAAGAUGUUAUUGCUUCACUUUAGGUUGUUGAUAAUUAAUUGUAAAGGUAUUUUUUUUAAUUAACUGUCAGAGAUUUAAGAGCUAUGUUUACGUUUACAUUUUAUGAUACGUUUUUUCUGCCCAAUAUGUACAAAAGGUUCCACUGCAUUUUAGUAAUAGUGAAUAAUAAUUUGUUUUUAGCGUUUGUUCUUGAUAAUGAUGAAGAUAAUUAAUGAAAAGCACGUUGGAACAGUCAUGUCUCCUCUCUUGCACCCAGAAUCUCACCUACGUUUAACCUGAUUGUCACAAUGAUAUGUCAAAUGUCGGACUGCCUCAUUCUUUCAGUUUUAACCUGACUAUACAAGAUGUAAUUGAUUUUCCUAACAGUCAACGUAAACCUAACCAUGAAAACCGUGACCACAAAAGCGUGAUAUGAACCGAAUGGAGGAUUUUGUGAACAGUUAGUGUGUAAUACUUUCCUAUGUCACAAUAAUUAUGCGGUUCUAUGGUUCUCAUCCUACAAUUAGCUGGCGACCAGUCAAAUGUUCAUCCCACCUCUUACCUAAAUUUAGCUGGUAUAGGCUUCAGCUUACCCGUGACCCUAGUAAGGACGAGUGGUAUAGAAAAUGGAUGGAUGGAUUGUCAUCAUGGCGGCACAGUGGAGUACUGGUUAGAGCGUCUGCCUCACAGUUCUGAGGACCGGGGUUCAAAUCCCGGCCCCACCUGUGUGGAGUUUGCAUGUUCUGCGUAGGUUUUCUCUGAGCACUCAGGUUUCCUCCCACUUCCCAAAAACAUGCAUGGUAGGUUGAUUGAAGACUCUAAAUUGCCCGUAGGUGUGAAUGGUUGUUUUUUGAUGUGUGCCCUGCGAUUGAGUGGCAACCAGUUCAGGGUGUACCCUGCCUCCUGCCCAAAGAUAGCUGGGAUGGGCUCCAGCACUCCUGCGACCCUUAUGAGGAUAAGCGGCUCAGAAAUUGGAAUGCAAUGGAUUGUCAUCAUCCCACUUUGCCUCACCAGAAUCAUAAAGUGGUGGUAUCACAAAAAAGUCAAAAGCCAAAGAAUUCAAUUUUACCACUUGACCUUUGCAUUCCCACUGAUUUAUUAUUAUUAUUUUUUUUUUUAAAUGAAAAUGCAUAGGCCUGUCAUGAUUUUUAAAAAAGAAUAUAAAAUUAAGACGAUAUAUUUUCCUAAAAAAUAUCACGCUAAACGAUAAUAAAGUUGUUGUUCUUCAUGCCUCUGUAAUCAUGAAAAAUAAGGCCCAUCCUCGAGCUGCAAGCUUGUGUGGUUGGUCCGCUGAAGUCGCUGGAGAUCAGACCUCAAUCAAAUAUACCUUCGCCAUAGUACUGGCUGAAUAACGUGUGCCGCUGAGGUUUUGCUUAAUAAACAGUUAACUUUCUCGUGUGUGUUAAUUUGGGACUCGCACAACAACUCAGAGCGAGGGACUGUCGUUUUAAACUGUCGCCACGAUGGAGCGAGCUGUUUAGUUCAUGAGCUAGCUCGUUAGCUCACAGGCUAACUCGUUCGCUUGUGGACUAGCGAACAUAAUAAACAGUUACUUUCCCUUAAGUGUCUCGGUUGUGUGCUACGCACUGCACAUGGAGCGAGGCUGUGGAGUAUUGGACAGAGCCAAUAUUAAACAGUAAAGUAGUAGUACACUAGUACACAGUAGUACACUAAACAGUCCAGCGGUGUUCCAUGAGCCCACUAGCAGCCAUCCCACAGUGAGCCGACGACUCACCAGAAAAAUGACAAUUUAUCGAGUCCGGAAAAACUAUCGUGAUCGAUAAGUCGAUGUAGUGAUUAUCGUGACAGGCCUGGGUAUGCAUUGCUCUAUUAAAUUAUGGUGACAUUCAGUAUGUUGAUCAUAAAAAAUAUUUUAUAGAUAUUGUUCGUUUAUCAUUAUUAAAAAUAGAACAAAUAUUUUCUCUAAAAUUAUUUGAGAUUCCAUUUCUUAAUCUUUCUAAAAAUGUUUAUUUUCAUAAUUAGAAAAAUUAUGUCUCAAUGAAAUUAUAUCGGAUUUGGAUUAAAUUUGCUGUCUAUAUGUGAGAAAAUCUGACAUUUGUUUUGUAUUUGGCAGUAAAAAAAAAAUCACAUCCAGUAUAUAGAUAUAUAAAUCCAUCCCUCCAUCCAUCCAUCCAUCCAUUUUCUGGACCGCUUAUCCUCACUAGGGUCGUAGGCAUGCUGGAGCCUAUCCCAGCUAUCUUCGGGCGAGUGGCGCGGUACACCCUGAACUGGUCGCCUGCCAAUUGCAGCAGUGUGUGUGUAUGUCUGUGUGUGUGUGUAUAUGUGUGUGUGUGUAUAUGUUCACUGAUUGGUUUUGUGGGUUUAAGCCUUGGUGGAGGUCCGGGCUAUGUGAGUGGCUCUAUUGUGCGUUGUUGUGGCGUCCACAUCACUCGGGCUUCAGUUCUGCUGAAAGCCUUAAUAAGGUUAGAGAGUAAGUGGUGUGUGUUUGUGCUUGUUUAUAUGUGCAUCUGUGAGUG